ACACACAUGCCUCUCCUCAGCUUCAGAAGAGAGAGAGAUACAGCUUGCAUGUACAUGACAGUGUCUGAGAAUACAGUCUGUUCCGAGUUGCAUAGGCUACAUCAAGCAAGAACAAGGAAUUACAAUCCAGAAAAAGAGUCCAAAUUUUGUGGAAAAACGAAAGGAGAGACACCAACAGACGAGGAGGACCUCUGCCUACCUUUCAUCACUGAGGAGACCCCUUUCUUUCCUCUCCCCUGGAGCAUGGAGUAUGGACACGCCACAGGAGUUUCUGACUCGACACUGACUUGAAGACGGAUACGCAUGAAGCAAUUUCAACGUAAAGGAACCAUCUAGAAGGUACUCUAGUUUCCAGAGCUGAAAUCGUGCACCUACAACAACACCAAGGGAUUUUGAAAGGGACAUUCAAGGGAAUCUAAGGGUAACUUGUCUUCCAACAACAACAAAAUCUAUCAAUAACGUGUAAAUUAGUCUGUGUGCCAAAGUGACAUCUAAGCCAGAACAAUUGGGAAAGGUAAUUACUUGAUUGUUCGCAUUGUUUUUUGUGACAGUUAUGUGGCAAUAUUGACAUAAACUUUGUACAGAAGAGUUUGUGCUGCUGUUGCGCUGGGUACCAAGAGACUGUAAUCCGAGCUGUGACACACUGCUGUAAUUACAAAGCAGCAUGGGAGAUUAGUAAUUAAAGCAGCUAUAAAAAGCGGCUGGCACAGGGCGAGGUCAGAGGGGCUGGGACGUCCCCUACACACACCGUCACUGUGGGAACAUACACACACACACACACACACACACACACGUACCACAAAAUCGCUUUUCAAAGUUGCUAAUACCCCCUUACAUACACUGCAAACUUACAACUUCUUUAGAAAACACAAACAACAUAUAACACACCAUACUCACUCACUCAAAACAACCUCCAGUGCACUGAUUGCACUUUUUUACAUACAAACAGAACAUAGACUGUACUUAAUUUCCAAAGACCAGUCCGAAAAGUAACACCUAUAAGAACACAUAUAUCAGCCUGACCAUGGAUCCACACGGUGGGCACUACCUGAACAAGGCCGCGGUGCUCUCUGGCCUGGGCAUCGCCCGAAUGUGCCAGCUGCUACUGGGCUGCACCACUAUGGCUUUGGUGUCUCACAGCGCCGGCUACAGCGCCGACUAUGGAAUCUACUGCAUGUUCGUGUGGUGCUUCUGCUUCGCCGUCACGCUGGUGGUCUUCAUGAUGGACGUGACGCGGCUGCACGGCUGCGUGCCCAUCUCCUGGGACAACUUCACAGUGUCCUUCGCCAUGCUGGCCACGCUCAUGUACAUCACCGCCUCCGUGGUCUACCCCGUCUACUUCCUGUCCAGCGAGUGUCCGUCGGAGGGCUGCGAGACGCGCGCCUACCGCAUCUCCGUCACCGUCUGCUCCAGUGUCUGCAGCUUCGCCUAUGGCGCCGAGGUCUUCCUCACGCGGGCCAAGCCGGGCCACGUGGUGGGCUACAUGGCCACGCUGAGUGGCCUGCUGAAGGUGGUGCAGGCCUUCAUCGCCUGCAUCAUCUUCGGAGCGCUGGCCAACGACACCGACUACAACAAGCACAUCCCUACGCAGUACUGCGUGGUGGUCUACAGCCUGUGCUUCUCGCUGACCGUCAUCGUGGUGACACUGACCGUGUCGGGUCGCACGGCGGCACUGCGCAUCCCCUUUGACCGCUUUGUGGUGAUCUACACGUUCAUGGCGAUGCUGCUUUACCUCAGUGCUGCUGUGAUCUGGCCAGUGUUCAGCUUCGACAGGAAGUAUGGGACGCCAGAAAGGCCGUACAACUGUCCACGUGAACACUGUCCUUGGGACAGCAAGUUGGUUGUGGCAGUGUUUACCCAAGUCAACAUGAUCCUCUACUUCACCGAUCUUGUCUACUCACAAAGGAUCCGAUUUGUCUCUCCCUCCUCAGUCUAGAUUCUGCCAUUCCCACCUGUUGGACAGCGCUGUCCUUCUGGUGAUAUCUACGUAUAAUUCUACUGUGCUAAUAUCUAAUGGAAGCAGUUGUAUUCUUAUAUUUAAUGGAAUAUUCAGUGCAGAGAUAUUUGAUUAAAGAGUUCUCAAUUUUAUGAUCGUGAUUUUUUGAGUGCCUUGUGUGACAUGAUUGCAUUGUCCAGUGGAUUUGUAUUUAUUUGUAGUCCUUAUUUUAAAAAAUGUAAUAAUGCUGUUAUCACCCAAGUGAAUGAAUACAAUCUCUUCAAAAAUAAAAUCAAAUAAAAAUG